CGACAAACGUCAAAGGUGACGCGGCCUUCGUGGAUUGGUGGCCGCACUUUAGGACUGACGUCACUUUACGUCAGGGUUCGUACACACGCCUCCUCGUGAGCAACAAGCACAAGCAUUAGCAUUUGUCGGACAAGGAAUCCGCACGAAAUCGAAAGCGGCCAUUUUGUGUUGACGGAGCGAGUGACUUUUGAGGAUGCGGGGCCGUCAGAGGAGCUCGCACCUGGGCCUGUUGCUGCUGCUGUCGCAGCUCUACCAGGUGGGAUUGGACAACGUCCCGCCCGUCACCCUGGCCGUCCUUGGCCUCAACGCUUACCUCUUCCUGUUCCCUGCGGCGCCGCUCAUGAAGGCGUGCGUGAGCGUCCGGCAGGCAUGGGGCUCGGGCGAAUGGAGCCGCCUGAUCCUGUCUCCUUUCCACCACGCCGACGACAUGCACCUCUACUUCAACAUGGUGUCGCUGCUCAUGAAGGGCCUGCGUCUGGAGCGCCGUCUGGGCGCCGCGUGGUUCGCGUACACGCUGGCCGUCUUCUCGCUGCUCACCGGCGUGCUGUACCUGGCGAUGGAGGCCGGCCUCACCCAGCUGACCGGCGACGGGUCGCACAGCGCCGCCUGCGCUGUCGGAUUCUCAGGGGUUCUUUUUGCCCUGAAGGUCCUGAACAACCACUACCACCCCGGCGGCGUGACCUACGUGAUGGGCUUCCCGGUGGCCAACCGCUACGCCAGCUGGGUGGAGCUGGUCCUCAUCCACAUCACGGCACCCGGGACUUCUCUGAUUGGCCACUUGGCGGGAAUCCUGGCGGGCCUGCUCUACACUACCGGGCCGCUGAAAAAGAUGAUGAAGACGUGUGCAGGGCUGAUGUCAAACAGCAUCUUCAAGCCCAGAACGUCUUACAGCUCCUCAGGCUACAGUGGCAGCCACCGGAGAAGUGAGCAGUACCCGACGGACGCUGGGACGUCGUCGUCGUACACGGGCGGGAUGACGGAGGAGGAGCAGCUGGCGGCGGCCAUCAGGAACAGUUUCCGUGAUACAGGACGCCACCAGCACGGCGACGGUCCGGCUCCGCCUCCGUACGGCUUCCGCUUAACGGAGGAGGAACUCCGCGCCAGGAGGCUGGCGCGAUUGGACGCUUUCAUGUGAAAACGAAGACGAGGAUCUUGGAUCUCUCGGGAAUCUCGAAGGCUUCUUCGACCGCUAGCAUCCACUAAUGAACUUUGGCCUGUUGGAAACUUUUUCAUGUGAAGUAUGAGGUGCACCUUUUUCAUUUUUGUAUUUUUUUUGUUUGUUUAAUUUGUCUUUCUAUUUAUCUGCAGAUGCGUCCUUUAAUAUGACAUUUGUAAUAAACAUCCUUGUGGCUAUUCUC